AUGGAGCUGAUAGGAGGUCAACAGGGAAAGUCUACACCUGCCCAAACAGUACCAUCGCAAGUUUCAUCUCUUCCAGCCAGGUCUCCUCCUCCAGUCCCCCGCCACCCUCCUCCAUCAUCUCCGCAAACAGCACCGCCAAGCACUGCCGAGCCAGAGAAGCGCAGAGAGCAGAAAGGUAAGGGGGUGGCAGAUGCGAGCAAAUCCCGUCCCACUCGAGAGGAGGAUGAUCUAACCGUCGCAAGGAAAAAGCUGCUGGUUGAGGAAGAAGCUCGCAAGAGUGCUGAAUCGUCAUCAGAGGGCUACCAGAAGCAGGCCGAGGAACAAGCCAAGCUUCUGCGCGAGGCGAAUGCUGAGCUGAAGAAAACUCAGGAGCAAGUUCUUGUUCUUAAGAAGCAUCUGGAAGAAACUCAGGGGUUAAGGGAGAGAGCCGAAAAGCUUAAAGAACAAGCCGAGAAAGCAAAAAUCGAGUCUGAGAAGGAUGUUAAUUUCCACUAA